GCCAACAAUAUGGAGAAGCUGAUGGAACUCAUCGUCCACUCAGAAUUCGAAUACCCACCGCACAUUACGCAACCCGCACGAGAUCUGAUAGACCGGGUGUGUGAAGCCAAUCCAGUGGGGCCUAUGGAGGGCCAAAUUGGAUAUGAUUUCGAUGGAACAGGGGCGCCUAUAGCUAUUCACUUAGAAGUUAGAAACACUUUGAGCAAGUUUUAUAUAUGAGAACAAUAGAUAUAUAAUUACGUACACAAAUAUAUACAUACAAACACACACACGCAAACACACACACACACAAACACAAACACACACACACAC